AUGCUUCUCCUCGAUUACCAAAAUGUACUUAUUCAAUCCGUGCUUACGGAACGAUUUUCAGGAGCACCACCGGUGAACAUUGACCAGACCGUAGCCGAUUUCGACGGUGUUACUUUCCACAUCUCCACCCCUGAAUCAAAGACCAAAAUCCUUGUGUCCAUACAGGUCAAAUGUUAUCAUGAGCUUCUGCGAUACGGCGCUCAGCAGGUUCUUGAGCGGGAAUAUGGUCCAUAUGUUGUUGCCCCAGAAAGUGGCUACAAUUUCUCGGUACUAGUUGAUUUAGAAAGUCUGCCAGAAGAGAAGGAAGCACGAGAUGAUUUAGUUAGACGCAUAUCUUUAAUGAAACGAAAUGCAAUGGCUGCACCAUUCGAGCAUGCCUUUGAUGAAUUCCAUAAAUUACAGGAGGAAGCGUCGAAGUUCACAUCUGAGGAAGCUCCUCAAGGUGUCGGAGAAGGUGGAGACGUCAUGGCAAUCCAUUACCGUGAUGAAGAAGCUAUUUACAUCAAGGCCAGCCACGACAGAGUCACGGUCAUAUUCAGCACAGUCUUCCGCGAGGAAACGGACAGGGUAUUUGGAAAGGUCUUUGUUCAAGAAUUCGUAGAUGCUCGAAGAAGAGCCAUCCAAAACGCCCCUCAAGUAUUAUUUCGAACCGACCCGCCACUGGAGCUUCAAGGAGUUCCGGGGGUAAAGGAUAAUGGUAGUGGAGAUAUUGGCUACGUUACGUUUGUUUUAUUCCCACGUCACCUUACUCUCCAGCGAAGAGAUGAAGUUAUUUCCCACAUCCAAACGUUCCGCGAUUACUUCCAUUACCAUAUUAAAGCCUCAAAGGCAUACAUUCACUCUAGAAUGCGAAGACGUACAGCAGACUUCUUGCAAGUUCUGAGGAGAGCACGUCCAGAGAAUGAAGAAAAGGAGAGAAAGACAGCUAGUGGACGAACUUUCAAGGUCCAAGGAUGA